CUGGUCGAUGCGGCGGAGAAGCUUGCCAUUGCCGCCCGCUAUCCUGACGAGAACGUCUUCUUUGCCGUAACUAGGACAACGCAGAAUGCUGCCAUCCGCAUUGCGUGCGCUCUCAACCUGUUUGCCGUCGUGCCCUCUUGCAGCGGUGAUGCUUCCGCAGCCAGUAUCAGCACCGCCAACAUGGCCGCCGCCGUCAAAGCCGAUCCAAUAGUUGUAGCGCGUGUCAUGCGUGCACUCGCGUCGUGUCACGUUUUCGAUGAAAUGGGCGAGGACUUGUACGCACACAACGCGUUGUCGCGUGCUUUCCUUGUGCCCGAGACGCUGUCCAUGUUCAGUGAAAUCUACGAUAUGGCCGGCAAAGCUGCCCACGCGCUACCCGACUUCUUGGCCGCCACCGGCUACAAGAACCCCGAGGACUAUAACAACUCAGCCUUCCACCUAGGCGCCCACACGGAGCUGGGAUUCUGGGAGUACCUCGAGGCUGACGACGCCAAGCUGCAGGCCUUCAACAACGGCAUGCGUUCCCAGGCCACUGUCAAGGACUUUGACAGCUCCUACCCCUUUGAAGCUGAGCUGAAUCGCUCCAAGCUUGCAGAAGGAGACGUGGUGCUAGUUGAUGUUGGGGGUGGUCGUGGUCAUGCUCUCGAACGCAUCAAACAACGUUUCCCUGAGAUGCAAGGCCAGUUCGUACUCCAGGAUCAGGAGGCUGUCAUCAAAGAUGCAGUGUCUGGGGGCCUAUCGUCGGAAAUCAUCGCUCAAGUCGCGUCGUUCUUUGAGCCCAAUCCCGUAAAAAACGCUCGCGCCUAUUUUUUUCGACGCGUUCUUCACGACUGGUCCGAUGCCGUCUGCCGCACGAUUCUACAAAACACGGUCGUGGCCAUGGCUGCUGAUAGUAAGGUGUUGAUCGCCGAGUACGAGGUGCCGGCGGUUGGGGCGCCCGCCAAGCUGACCAUGCAGGAUAUAAACAUGAUGGGGCUGGGUGGC